AUGUCCCUCAUCCCACGGCUCCGAUGGAAUGAGGCCCCACCGCGGCUGUCGUCCCAGAGCCCAGCUGAGAUGGUGCUGGAGACGCUUAUGAUGGAGUUAGCAGGGCAGAUACGGGAGGUGGAGAGGCAGCAGAGGGAGCGUAACAACGCAAAUAGGAAGAUCCGCACAGGCGUGGACUACAGUUGGCUGGCCAAUGCGCCCCGGCCCACCUACGACCUCAGCCCUGGCGAGAGGCUGCAACUGGAGGAUGUCUGUGCCAAGAUCCACCCAUCCUACUGUGGACCCGCCAUCCUCAGGUUUCGACAGCUGCUGGCGGAGCACGAACCCGAGGUGCAGCAGGUGGCCCGGCUGUUCCGCUCGGUGCUGCAGGAAGUCCUGGAAAGGAUGAAGGAGGAGGAGGAGGUCCAGAAGCUGACAAGGCAGUGGAGCCUACGGCCUCGAGGAAACCAGGCCCUGGCCACUUUCAAGACCCGUGCGCGCAUCUCCCCGUUCGCCAGCGACAUCCGGACCAUUUCGGAGGACGUGGAACGGGACACGCCGCCGCCGCCCCGGGCGUGGAGCAUGCCUGAAUUCCGGGCGCCCCAGGCGGACUGA